CAAAACCAAACAUAACCAAAUGAGUAACAGAGUAGAUAUAUGGAAUUAGGACAUUAGAAGAUCAAUGAAGGUGGACCUAGAGGACUGAGAAUCUGCAAUGUUAUUAUGAGGAGAAGAUGUAAAUUCCAGAGAGAUAUGUUCAAUGAGCGGGUUCUUCCAAUGAGCUAGAGAUAUGGAGUUUCUGGAUUUCCAGCUGAAGGCAUCUUAAUUGAUUGAAAAACCACAGAAACAGCUUUCCUCUAAACAUUAACAUCGUGUUUUUAACACAGUCGAGACGCCUGAGGCACAUUUUGACAGCUGUGUUAGUAAAGUGCACAGAGAGACCAGUCUGACACGUCUGUCUUCCUCCUUCAACAUGUCAGGGUUGUCAAAUGACAGUGAGCAACUUACGGGCACACCUAUCUCUCACACACAGUUUCUCACAAAACACCACUGUCUCAGCCUCUUCUCCAGACUCUGCAUCAGCCCAGCAGGUGGAGGAUCACGGUUUAUCUCUGGAGAAGGAAAGCAGGUGAUCGACAUGCCUGCCAGCCUCUGUGGUACCUGGGACAUGAUCAGCAAUGUCAACUUGGAGGGCUACAUGAUCGCACUGGGUAUCAGCCCUUUCAUGCGGAAGAUUGCCUUGAGGCUGAGGCUGAGGAAGGUGAUUGAGGAGCAGGGGGACCAGUACAUCAUCAAGACCACCAGCAGCUUUCGAAACUACGCAGUCUCCUUUAGAGUGGGCCAGGAGUUUAAGGAGUUCACGCAUGGGCUGGACAACAGACACGUCAAGUCGCUGGUGACAUGGGAGGGAAAUAAACUGGUGUGUGAACAGAUUGGAGAGAAGAAGAACCGAGGCUGGGCUCACUGGAUCGAAGACGACAAGCUUCAUCUGGAGCUGUACUGUGAAGGACAAGUCUGCAAACAGGUCUUCAAAAAGAAUGUAAACGAGUGAAGAGGAAUGAAGGUUGUACUUGUGGAGAAGCAGCUCUGUGAUUGGAGGCUUCAUGUGUUCGAUCCGCCACUGUAAACCCCGAAAAGCUAAACAACACUUAAAGUUCAGGAUGUGGUAUUUUCUCUCUGUAGUGUGACUUCACCACACAGGUCAGGAGAAACUGUAUAAAGUCACACCACUAGAUGGCAUCGCUGCAUUACUUUUGUCAGAUACGGGUCUAUCUGCUGUAUGCAGGCCUCCUAAAAAAUACUGAACAUGAGGGAAGUUCAUGGCUCCUUUCAGCUGGUUGAAAGGAAAUAUGUUUGGUGCUUUUUGCUUCCUUCAUAUCUCUAUUGUCUGGCAGGAUAAACCUGAGAUACCGCAUUAAUGCUUGUGCUGUCCAUCUGACAUUCAUGUGAGCUUUUUUGUAAAAUUCUCAUUCAUGCCUUUUACAUAAAUAUAAGAAAACGUUAGGUGCAGGAUAUUUCGAAUCCAGUUUUUUUCUAUGUGAAUUUUGUGUAAAUAAAAUGCUCCUGAAAGACAUGUGAAGUAAAUUAUUAUUUUCUAUAAAUCUAACUGUAAUUCAAAAUGCUGUACGGAUGUGGUGACAAAAAUCAGAACAAAAUAUCGACAACAUCGCUGCCUUUGUAUUUAUAGUCUGUGCUACGUUACACAUGCUGAACCCAAAAUUUCCAGACUGUUCAUGAAGCCUAAAUGGUAUUCCAUCCACGAUUAAGGUA